UCAGUCGCCUCAGUUGUCCAAGUGAUCGCCAGCAAAUACUUGUUUGUCCCCCUCUGUGUUUUAAUUGAAUUUGAUGGUGACCGGCGAAAGAACACGCGGUUUAUUAUAUUUUGAAAAUUAUAUUUGUUUUCUUUAUUGCUUUUUUUAUUCGAGUAUAUUAUCUUUUAUUUAAAGCUUACGAGCUUCUCAUUAAACGAUCGAUUCAGUUUAAUGACACUUUUUUUAUUUGUAUUUGUCAAUUAACUCAUUUUCUUAUCUACAAUACUGUUAAUUUGAUUUUGUUAUUAAUAAUUUUUAUCGACUCUUAACUGCCAUUGUUGCGGGGUUCAAAGAUCACAUCUGAAUUUACUUGAGAGGAAAUCAUCAUUGAUUUCGUCAUCAUAGUUCGAGAAUUUCAGUGGCACAAAUAAACCGCAAGCGUACAAGGGUUAUCAGAGGAGAGGCGUGCCAAGUACCGAUAUUACCACGUUAACCACUGGCGACAGCAUAAAUAAAACCAACCGGCAGACGACAUGGGCGAACGUUUGUAUAGUUGGCAGUGUGACCGGGCUGGAAAACUGCCAACCGCUUUCUAUGCACCACAAUCACAGCCACAAAUUUACCAGCAACAAGCAACAUCUCUGCCACCGGGUGUACUGUGUGCGGAUUUCAACAAUUCCGGAGCUGGUCUAGCUGGGGGAUUGCGGUACUAUCACAGUAACGGAUUGGCCGGAUAUAUGCAGCCGCCGGGAAUGCUGGCAGGAAAGCUUCUUGGCACGCCUAUGCCUACACAGUUGGAGGUGUGCCAGCAUGCUCACAUCAAUGGCAGCGCUUCCUGCUUUAACCGUAAUCGCUAUAUGCCGUACAAUCACAAUCGCUCCUGCGCGGCUGCAGCAGCUGUUGCCGCCGCCAUACCCGGCCAUCCCUUGCUGCACAGCUUUCCCCAACAACAGCAGCAGCUGCAACAGACAUAUCAGCCAUAUGACUCGAUCUAUCAGACGAGCAGCAUGUGCCCUCUCUCCCUGCCCAUGGCCUCGUCUGCCGCCCCUCUCGCAAUCAGCGCCUCUGCCAGCAGCAGUGCUGCCGUGGACCACACAAGCGUUGCCACACCGCACAAUGCCUCAGGCAGUGAUUUUGGCUACGCCAGCAGUCUGAACGAAACCAAGGCGCCCCGUUCUAGGGCCAUAGCUUCCGCAGUGGCCCUAAGUGGCAGCAGCAGCAAUGGGGAAGGAUCCGGUCAGACCUACGCCACAAUUACCGAUCCCAGUGAUGCGGUAACUUUGCAAAUAACCAAUUUGGACUACUCACUGGAUGAGUCGAGUCUGCGCAACUUUCUGAUGAACCAGCUGAAGCCCAUUACGCCAGUGGUGUCGCUGAUCUUUGAGGGCAGCUCCUAUGCCAAGGUCACUGUGCCCGAUCUAUAUUUUGCCAAGCAGGUCGUGUCCAAUUUGCAUCGCAAGAAGAUUGGCCACAAGCGCAUGCUGGUCAGCUACACACGCGACUCUUCAUUGACCGAGGUCAACACACUGCGUUGCCAGGUCGCUGGACUGCUAAAGGAUGUUCCGUACUAUACACUGCCGAUGUAUAAGUUCCGAGAGCUUUUCCAGUCGCGUUUCAAAACCUCCAUCAGUGUUCUGGAUUUGUACAAGAUGCAGGACAUCUGUACCAUUAACUCGGAUAACAAUGAGGAUAAGUUUAUCAGUCUGCAGCCAGAGCUGGUAAACACUUUGGAGAGCUCACCUUUGAUGGAGGGACUGCAGCACAGUGUGCCUUACUGCACGGUUCAUUUCAAGAAGGAACAGCACAAGGGAUGGGCAGAGCAAGAGAUUGAGCCGCUGCCCAAUGUGUUUAUGACAAUUUCAGAGAUCCAGAAGCUGAUUUAUCCGCUGCUCAAGAAUCAUCCUGGUGACAUACCCGUGGCCACGCUCCUGCACUGCAUUGAGGGCCAGCUGAAGGUGUCGAUUAUGGCCAAUGAGAGCGGCGUCAACUUGGAGCACUUGGUCUGCUGUGUUCAAGGCAUACAGAUACAGGUGAAUAACUUCGGCAUAAAGAUUCUAGGCUGGUUGGAGCUGAACAAGGAGAUGGCCUCAUCGAUUGGAACCGCUUCCUUCAGCUCCUCGAAUUCGAGCAGCUUAAACGGCAGCGACCGCAUGUCGAAUGUCUCGGGCGGCAGCUACUUCAAGAACUCUGUCGCUGAUCCGCUCUACCAGAUUUCCCGCGAGGUUAUCGAGCUGGUGAAGAUGUCGCCCAAGUCGACCAUGAAGUUCAAUCGCUUUAUCCCGGCAUAUCACAACCAUUUUGGCAAGCAAUGUCGAGUGGCAGACUAUGGCUACACCAAGCUCAUUGAGCUCUUUGAGGCACUGUCCUCUGUGGUGCAGAUCAUGGGCGACGGAGAGAAUCGUCAGAUCACGCUAACACAUCGCACCCAGAUACGUAGAUUCACGUCCGACCUGUUGCGGGUCCUGCGUGCGCAUGGUAAUAAUUCGGUGCUGCUGUCCCAAUUGCCGGGCAUUUUUGCUCAGACUCAGAGCCGAAAUUUCGAUGUGACUGACUAUGGAGUGUGCGACAUUGUGGACAUACUGGAUGGCCUGGUCAACUCCAAUAUUGUGGUCUUGAGCAACGUGCAGCAGGGCAAGGACAUACUCAUUUCCAUGCCCAAGCGCAAGCAGACCAAUAGUGAGCUGGAGAAAACCUGCGUUUUUGCAGGGGAAAUGGUGGAGCUGUUCCGGAAUUCCCUACAGUAUACGAUACUGUUUCAGAAGUUCGUUCGCUCGUAUCAUUAUCAUUUCGCAUACCAGUGUCGUCUCAGCGAUUACGGCUUCCUGAAGCUGGCCGAUCUCAUGGAUGCCAUUCAUGGUGUGGUUGAGAUGGAGUCGACUGGCGAUGAGGACAAGAAGAUUCUACUCUCGCCAAAGGUGGCCAGGCGUGUGUUUGCCGAGCAGUGCGAGGAUCUCAUCCGGAAUGUCACGGGGAACUCCACAAACUGCAUGAAACUCGAGCAGGUGCUGAAGUUGCACAAGAAGAAGUUUGGCUACCAAAUGCUGCCACAGACAUUGGGCGUCUCGGAUAUAGCCUCGGCCAUUGAACUGCUGCCCUAUGUCGAAGUGCAGCACAAGGAUCAAGCCACGUGGCUGAUUUGCCACAAUGAUGAUCUGGAAUUCCGUCAGUUGUGCUAUCGCGCCUGUAAGCAUCUAUUGCAGCGAGAAUCCACAGAUGCACCGAAAGGUGUUCCGAUUGCAACACCUGCAGCACCAGAGCCCUUGCCCAAAGCUCAAUUCAUAAGUGAGUUCAAUGCAAAGCACACGAUUCAGCUCACAGAAACCGCAUUGCUUGCCAUGCGCCAUACCAUUGAGAUUUACGAUGAAAACGACGAGCAGUUCGUUCGCCCUACCAGCUUCAUGAGGUUUCUUAUGUCGAUUGUCCGCAUGCUGGAACAGCGGCCCAGCAUGUAUCUGUACGAGAUCAAGAGCGGACUGGACUGUGGGCUCAGCACAACCUUUGAGUUUGGUUUUCCCAAUCUAUACUCGGUAGUGGCUGCCCAUGAGGAUCUCUUUACGAUUAACAAGGGACCCACGCAGGAGAGGAGCGAUGUGUCACUCAAUGUGAACUGUGAAUUACGUUUCAGUUCGGGAGUCAGUCAUCAGCAUUUGUUUGGCUCUUUGAAGUUGCCCUAUGCCAAACACAAGGCGCAGCGCACCUUUCGUACUCCUCUGGGCGAACACAAUCGUCCACCGCCUGCUCAGGCGCCACCGCCACACAAGACCCGAGCAAUUGCCAAUGAAUAUGCGAAUAGUGUGGCCAGCGCAUCCAAUGCGUCCUUCAAGCCGCAGGUAAAGAGUUACCUGAACUACCAGGAGCAGUACACUGCAGCCACAAAAUGUUCUCCUCCACCGAGUGCCAGCUCCUCGUUGCUGAAUAGUUUUGGCUCGAGCGCGGGAUCGAACCUUAGCUUGUGCAGCGGCUGCUGCAACAAGGAGAAUUCACUGAACUCCUCCCUACAGCUGUUCAACAGCUCGUUCAACUCCACUGGCGAGCUGAAUGGCAGUCUUGGAGCUGGAGAUUUGACCAACAUUACAUCCAGCACUGCCAUCAUGCCAGGCACCCCACAUGCGCAACCCUCGCCGGGAAAGCUCUGGCAUCGCCGUCAGGCCAGUUUCUAUCAACAGCAGAUGCAGCCGCCACUUCAACCUCACUCCUUUGGGCAGAACUCAGGGAGUGCAUCUGGGGAUCUGUAUGAUUUAGUUGGCUGUACUGCCGCGCCAAUAGCCUCCAUCUAUGAGUCAGCCAAUCCUGAUGCGAACACUGCGGAGAAGUUACCUUUUUGGAUCGACCCUAUUUGGAGCAAUCAAUCGGAACAGCAACAGACCCAUCAAAACGUACUCAAUAUUCGUCUGCCCGAGCUUAAGUCGCUGAAUGUAUUGCCCACCAUGCUGCUCUCCCCGUAUACCUUGUCCAAAAACGAGAACAUGAAGCGACAGCUAUUUAAUUUCGAUAAUCAUGACCGUAAAAUUGCUUAAUUAGGGACGGAAGCAUCAACAUUUCUGUCCUUUACAUAUUUUUAUUGCAUGGGCACAUUGUCAACAUUUAACAGUUAGCGAACAGCGAGUGGGGGGGAUCAUGGUGAAAUUACUACUCUAUCUCUAUCCCGUUCUUGCACUUGUCUUUUUGAGCGAGGUGAAUAAGCUAGUGGUCCUCGCAUGGUGCUACCAUGGGGGGAUGAAGUUUGAGUGGACUCCAGGAGAGCUCACAUUUCCCCCACCAGCAGCCUCUGAUAUUUGCCGUCGCUUUUGUUUUUAAGCGCAACAAUUGAACCUUUUUUUUUUAUAAAUUGUUAAU